AUGCAAUCUCGUUCAUAAAGAAGAAGAAGAAUAUUGAAAUAAUGCAUUCAAAAAAAGAGUAAAAUAGAAGACAAUGCUCAUGUAACUUAGGAAAUAGAUUCUGAAUACGAGGAUGUUAGUGAAAUGGAGGAAGAUGAACAUAUUCAAUAUGAAGAUGAAUUUGAUGAUGAAUAUGGUAAAUUAUCAAAAUAAUUUAGUUAGAGAGUGAAGAAGGAGAAAUCAAUAUAGAUAGUGAAGAUGAAGAAAUAUUAGAAAAGGAAGAGUAAUCUUAAGAAUAAUCAUAAUAAACUCAAUAAUAAUAAUAACCCAUAUAAUAAUAAUCAAAACUCAAGAGAAAGAAGAAGGGUAUGGAAUAAGAGAAUCAAGAAAAUCAAAAGAGAGUAUGGUUCUAUGAUGAAGCUGAAAAUUUAGAUUUUGAUAAUAGAGCUUAUAAUAUGUUACAUAGAGUCACAACUGAAUGGCCUUGUUUAUCUUGUGAUUUUGUAUUAACUGAAGAAGAAUAAUAAUAAUAUAAAAAUAAGGAAUAUCAAAAAAUGAAUAAAUAUCCAUAUAGUGUUUAUUUAGCUGCUGGUACUCAAGCAGCAUAACCAACCAAAAAUUAAAUAUACUUAUUAAAAUUAUCAAAAAUGCAUAAAACUAAAUAUGAUGAUGAUGAAGCAUCUUAAUCAGAAGAAGAUAGUGAAGAUGAUAAUCUUAGUAAUGAUGAAGAAGGUUAAGUACAUUUGAGUAGUGUUACAGGAUUAAAAUGUGGAGUCAAUAGAAUUAAAACUAUGAAUGGUUAAGCAAUUGCUGCUUAUUGGAAUGAAAAUGGAGAUGUUAAUAUUUUAGAUCUUAAUCCAUUAUAUAAAAAACUUUAAUCUAAUUAAUAAUCUUAAUUUAAUUUAUCAUAAUUACAUCAUAAAGUAUUUAAAAAUUAACAUGAAGGAUUUGCAUUAGAUUGGAGUCGUUUAAAAGUAGGUGAUUUAUUAAGUGGUUCAGUUGAUGGUAAAAUUUAUUUAUAUCAAUUAAAUAAUAAUGAUUGGAUUAGAGAAAAUAAAGCUUAUGAAUAUCAUAAGGGAAGUGUUGAAGAUUUAUAAUUUUCACCAAUUGAAAGUUUUGUAUUUGCUUCAUGUUCUACUGAUGGAACUCUAUGUAUUGUUGAUACAAGAGAAGGAAAACAUAAAUAAGCUUAAAUCUUGGUUAAAGCUCAUAAUUGUGAUGUUAAUGUAAUCUCAUGGAAUCAAGUAUCAGCUACUCUUGUUGCAACAGGAGCUGAUGAUGGAUGCUUUAAAAUAUGGGAUUUAAAAUAUCCUAAAAAUGAUGCUAUUUCUGAAAUCUAAUUCCAUAAUAAAGCUAUUACAUCUAUAUAAUUUUAACCAAAUAGUGAUUCUAGUAUAGCUGUAUCAUCAGAAGAUCAUAAAUUGUCUAUUUGGGAUUUUGCUGUUGAAAAUGAAAAUAAUAAUGAAGAUGAUGUACCAGAUUAAUUAAUGUUUGUACAUUAAGGAUAAAAAGAUCUUAAAGAAUUAAAAUAUCAUCCUGUUUAUUAUGAAAUGAUAGUGAGUACUUCUGCAAAUGGAUUUAAUGUAUUUAAACCAACAUUAGAUGAAGAAGAAAAGAAAUCAGAGCAAUCUGAAGAAGAUUAAGAUUAAAUACCUGUUAUAAAAGAGGAGGAUCUAAAUAAAUAUUUUUAAUAAAUGUCAAUCCAAUGA